CACAAAUCUGUUGGGUGGAAGACCCCUCCUUCGCUUUCUUUUUUCGUUUUUAUUUUUUCUGUGCAAAAACAAAUAAACCAUCCCUCCUUCUCCUUUUCCGAUUCACGACAAACAUUUUUUAGGUUUCCUUCGACUUCUCUCUCGCACUACCCCUCUCUCUUCAAUUUCUUCCAUUAACAACCCCACUGAAGCUUUCUUCAAACCUCUAAACGGACACCCUUUUCACCUCAGAAACUGUGCUCGUGCGUGUUCUUCAUCAUCCAAGAGACUGAUGUAAAAUAAUUUCUGGUUGUCUGUAAAAUAGCUGCGCAAUGGCUGUUGAGACUUUUGGAAAAGCUCCAAUGUUCGAUGAUGACGACGAGGACAACAUGCCGAUAGUUUUUAAAAGGAGUAAUGCAUCUAGGCAAAAUCAGUUAGAUUCGGAAAUUAAACAUUCACAAGCUCAGAGGUUGAAUAAGUUACCAGGGAGGCAGGGUUCUGAUUUAUGUUCAACCAAUGGGCAAAGCUCUAAUAAUCAAAAGAGGAUGACUUCAUUGCCAAAGACAUCACCCAUGAGAUCCGAAAUAGGAAGUCAGAAAGCACCCAAGUCGUCACCUAUCCAGGAACCACUUACUAAAUCACUAGGCAGUAGUUUGAAAGCUUCAGAUUCUAUGGAUAGCCGAACGAAAAAUUUGGUAAAUGCUGCGGUAAAAGAGGAGAAUGUUUCUAUAAAUCCUAGUCAAGAGAAUAGUGACUCUGAAGACGAUAAACCAUUGAGUAUUAGAUUAAAAGGGAACUCCAACCAGCCCAAUAAAGGGCUUGUAUCAACAAUACCAAAGAAUAAAGUAAAAAAAUCAUCAGGAGAUUCUGAUGAUGAAGUUCCUUUGUCAUCAAAAUUUCAAAUGAAGCAUGCUUCAGGGCCAAUGGGUAGUAAACAGCUUGGUUUUGAUGAGAAGAAACCUUUGGUUCCAAAAGUUCAUCAGAAUGGUUCAACCUCAAGGGAUAAGCUACAAAAGCCUGCUGUCCUUUCUAGCAAGAGACCUCUUCCUAAUGAAGAUUCCCAUUCCCCUUCUCAAUUUUCAACAAAAAAGCCAAAGCUUUCAGAUUCAUCUUCUCCUUUGAGUAGCAAGCUAGUAUCAUUGAAAGCAAAACAAGAAGUAGAUGACGACGACGACGAUAUUCCUAUUUCGCAGAGAUUGAAGAAGACGCCUGCAACAGCGAAUAAGUCAUCAAGUUCUAAGCCAACAGUAUCAAAAGUCGUUUCUUCUUCAAUCAAGAAAACAUUCAAAAAGUCCAAGAAGCCAGUCAAGAAAUCUAAAUAUGUUAAGUCCACAAAGUUGCUGCCCAGUGCCGGUGAUGGACAGAAAAAAUGGAGCACCUUGGUUCACAAUGGUGUCAUUUUCCCACCUCCAUACCAGACACAUGGGGUGAAGAUGCUUUAUAAAGGGAAGCCUGUUGAUUUGACUCCGCAACAAGAGGAGGUUGCAACCAUGUUUGCAGUGAUGAAGGAUACAGAUUAUAUGCUAAAACCAAAAUUCAAAGAAAAUUUCUGGAAUGACUGGCGCAAAUUACUUGGGAAAAACCACGUCAUUCAAAAUUUGGAUGAUUGUGAUUUCACCCCAAUAUAUGACUGGUAUCAGAUGGAAAAGGAGAAGAAAAAACAGAUGACUACAGAAGAGAAGAAAGCUCUGAAGGAGGAGAAACUGAAACAAGAGGAGAAGUACAUGUGGGCUAUUCUUGAUGGGGUUAAGGAGAAGGUUGGAAACUUUAGAGUUGAGCCGCCUGGAUUGUUUCGAGGCCGUGGAGAACAUCCAAAGAUGGGGAAAUUGAAAAGGCGCAUUCGCCCCAGUGACAUCACAAUUAAUAUUGGAAAAGGUGCUCCGAUCCCUGAGUGUCCUAUACCUGGUGAAAGGUGGAAGGAAGUGAGACAUGACAAUACGGUCACAUGGUUGGCUUUCUGGAAUGAUCCAAUAAAUCAAAAAGAAUUCAAGUACGUGUUUCUGGCUGCUAGUAGUUCACUGAAAGGCCAGAGCGACAAAGAAAAAUAUGAGAAAGCAAGGGUGCUCAAGGACUACAUAAAAAACAUAAGGAAUGCGUAUACAAAGGAUUUUACAAGCAAAGAUCCCACACGGAGACAAAUUGCAGUUGCUACUUAUCUCAUCGAUAAAUUGGCUCUUAGGGCUGGGAAUGAGAAAGAUGACGAUGAAGCUGAUACAGUUGGCUGCUGUACGCUGAAAGUAGAGAAUGUCAAAGCAGUGCCUCCGAAUCUUCUGGAGUUCAACUUCCUUGGUAAAGAUUCAAUCAGGUAUGAAAAUACUGUUGAGGUCGAGCUCCCUGUUUUCAAAGCAAUCACACAAUUUCAAAGCGGAAAAAGUGGGACUGACGAUCUUUUUGACAAGUUGGAUACGAAUAAAUUGAAUGCACAUCUGAAGGAUCUCAUGCCUGGCCUCACUGCAAAAGUGUUUCGUACAUAUAAUGCUUCUAUCACACUUGAUGAUAUGUUGAAUAGAGGAACCAAAGAUGGAGAGGUUUCAGAAAAGAUUGUCACAUACCAGCACGCAAACAAGGAGGUUGCAAUUAUUUGUAAUCACCAGCGGACUGUUUCGAAAUCACACGGGGCACAAAUGACAAGAUUAAAUGAGAAAAUCUCUGAGCUCAGGGACAUUCUGAAAGAGCUGAAAAUUGAUUUAGAUAGAGCAAAGAAAGGAAAGCCCCCUUUAAAAGGUUCCGAUGGAAAGCAAAAAAGGAACUUGACCCCGGAAGCGUUAGAGAAGAAAAUAUCCCAAACGAAUGCAAAGAUCGAGAAGAUAGAGCGGGAUAUGAAGACUAAAGAGGAUUUGAAAACCGUAGCAUUAGGCACAUCAAAGAUUAACUACCUUGAUCCUCGGAUCACAGUCGCAUGGUGUAAACGUCAUGAAGUCCCAAUUGAAAAGAUAUUCAACAAAUCUCUUCUAGCAAAGUUUGCUUGGGCAAUGGACGUCGAUCCCGACUUCAGAUUCUGAUUGUUGUUUAUAUUCUCCGGCGGUUUCAAACCCUAAAUCAUCAUUUGCCUCGGCUCGACCUUGAAAGAAAAUAAGGAAAAGAAAUGAAGAAGAGAUGAGUAGGAAAAAUUGAACUGUACUAUUUUGCAUUACAUUCAAUUUUUUCUUUUUAAUCCUUUAGUUGAAGAGGAAAGUCCCAUGAUGUAUGUUUAUCUAAUCUCUAAUUAUAUUUGGGGUAAAAAUGGCUCAAUUCUGACACUUCCCCAUCCCAUCCCCUUCCCUUCCCCCACAAAGCUGUGUUGUGAAAACAUUUGAUUAUUCAAAGCUUUCAAACAGCCCUUAUACUAAUUGUUGAACAUUUUAACACACCUUUAUAAAUUUGAUGAUUAUACCUUGCCUUGGUUCAAA